ACCCUGCCCCCCUUAACACGCGAUCCUCCUCCCCUCACCCUUUUAUCCCUCUUUCUCUCCCCUCCAUGUUCUCGCAGCCCAAACCCCAGCGCCGGGUCGUUCGAUUGAGGCGGAGGUGGCGGCAGUAGGUCGUCGAGAUGGGGGAAGACUGCGCCGCCACGCAGCUCAUCGACGUGAACCGCGCCUUCAAUGUCGACGGUCUCGACCGGUUCCUCAAGGCCGUGAAACUCGCCAACUAUGGCCUCUCCUACGCCGUCGUCUCCAUCAUAGGCCCUCAGAGCAGCGGGAAAAGCACCCUUUUGAAUCAUCUCUUUGGCACCAACUUCAGGGAGAUGGAUGCCUUUAAAGGAAGGAGUCAAACUACUAAAGGCAUUUGGAUAGCGAAAGGUGUUGGCAUUGAGCCUUGCACGAUUAUCUUGGACUUGGAGGGAACAGAUGCGAGAGAAAGAGGAGAGGAUGAUACUGCCUUUGAGAAACAAAGUGCCCUAUUUGCUUUGGCUAUUUCUGAUAUUGUACUCAUCAAUAUGUGGUGCCAUGAUAUUGGUCGGGAGCAUGCUGCUAAUAGGCCUCUUUUAAAGAUGGUGUUUCAGGCUAUGAUGCGGUUAUUCAGUCCUCGCAAGACAACCUUGUUGUUUGUUAUCCGUGACAAAACGAAGACUCCAUUGGAACAUUUAGAACAAGUACUAAGGGAAGACAUCCAGAAGAUUUGGGAUACUGUUUAUAGGCCUCAGGCACACAAGGAAACACUACUGAGUGAAUUUUUCAAUGUGGAGGUUACAGCAUUGGCCAGUUAUGAAGAGAAGGAAGAACUAUUUAAAGAACAGGUUGCACAACUAAGGCAGCGCUUUUUCCAUUCUAUUGCCCCAGGGGGUCUUGCAGGUGAUAGACGAGGUGUUGUUCCUGCUUCAGGAUUUUCCAUUAGCGUACAGCAGAUUUGGAAAGUUAUACGAGAAAAUAAGGACCUUGACCUUCCUGCUCAUAAGAUAAUGGUUGCAACAGUUAGGUGCGAAGAGAUUGCAAAUGAAAAACUCAGAUGUUUGACUUCGGAUAAGGGUUGGUUGGCGUUGGAGGCAUCCGUUCAAGCUGGCUCAGUAUCAGGCUUUGGGAGGAAGCUUGAUUCCAUCCUUGAUGCAUACCUAUCUGAAUAUGACAUGGAAACUUUCUACUUUGAUGAUGGUGUUAGAACCGCAAAACGACAACAAUUAGAGUCCAAAGCACUGCACCUUGUGCAUCCUGCUUUUCAAGCAAUGUUAGGACAUCUGCGUUCUAAAGCACUUGAUAAAUUCAAAAAUGAUCUUGAACGAUCGUUGGAGAGCAGGAAAGGAUUUGCAAUGUCAGUUCGUACUUGUGCCGAAGCCUCCUUGCUUGAGUUUGAUACUGAAUUUACAGAUGUGGCAAUCCAGCAUGCUGAUUGGAAUGCUUCCAAAAUAAGGGAGAAGCUCUGUCAUGACAUUGAAGCUCAUGCAGCUUCUGUUCGUGGUGUUAAAUUAUCUGAACUUAAAGCUUCUUACGAGAAGAAAAUCACUGAAGCCCUUGUUCAACCUGUGGAAUCACUGUUUGAUUCUGCUGCUCAAGACAUUUGGGCAUCUAUACGAGAACUUUACAGGCAUGAGACUGAGAAUGCUAUAUCAGGGUAUUCAUCUUCGCUUGCUGGUUUUGAACUGGACCAGUCUACCUUUGAUAAGAUGAUGGCAGAUCUAAAGAAUUAUGCAAGAGGUGUAGUGGUAAGAAAAAUAAGAGAGGAAGCAGGCAAGGUUCUGAUUCAUAUGAAGGAUAGGUUUUCAACAGUAUUUAGCCAUGACAAGGAUUCCAUGCCUAGGGUCUGGACUGGGAAGGAGGAUGUUAGGAAGAUCACAGAGGAGGCACGUGCUGUGGCUCUGAAACUUUUAGCUGCAAUGGCAGCCAUCCGGCUGGAUGACCAGCCAGAUAAGAUCGAGAAUAUUCUUAGUUCUUCUCUUAUGGAUGGUCCUGUUAUAAAAAAUAGAACCAUAGAGGCUUCUAGAGAUCCUCUUGCCUCAAGCACAUGGGAGGGGGUGCCUCCAGAAAAUACGGUGAUUACACCAGUGCAGUGUAAAUCAAUUUGGAAGCAAUUCAAAGUUGAAACAGAGUAUACUGUCAGCCAAGCAAUUUCUUCACAGGAAGCUUUCAAACACAAUAACAGUUGGUUGCCUCCUUCAUGGGCAAUUGUUACAAUUGCGAUCCUAGGUUUCAAUGAAUUUAUGAUGCUUCUUCGGAAUCCUUUGUAUCUUGCCAUACUAUUUAUACUUUUCAUUCUGUCGCGAGUAGUAUGGUAUGAACUCAAUAUUGCUGGAGAAUUUCAAAAUGGCACGCUUUCUGGACUUCUUGCAAUAUCAACAAGAUUUUUACCAUCAGUUAUGAACAUUCUAAAAAGAGUUGCUGGUGAAGGUAACAGACAUCAUCAAGCUGCACAAUCUUCGCAACAAUCCCUGCCCUCCACUGCACAGACUCCUAGGAAUCUGGAACCGGAAAUGUGAUCGUGCAUCUGAUAAUAUCGUUGCAAAGAAAUUGUAAAGUAAUCAAAUGUAUAUGUACAGAUGUGUAUUUAUAUAUAAAUUAAAGGUUGUUUAAUUAAGAAUAAGAAUUGGGAUAGAAUUUGUACCAACAGUUUGUGAAUGCACAACUGUAAAUGUGUGUAUGCCUUCUUCCAAAUCUGAGUUCUUCCCAG